AUGGCCUUGGCAACUUUCACAAAACCUCUACUCACUGACCUUUUGUCGGAGACUUGUGACUCAGUCCAAGCCAGUUAUGUCCAGCCCGUGUGGGACCGCCCUAAUCUUGUCGACGUGGAGGUCUUCAAUGACUCGAUCCCUCUCAUCGACCUCCAUGGCCUCCUCGGAUCAGACCGGAGCAAGGUCGCCAUGGAUAUAGGCUUGGCUUGCCAAAAUGAUGGCAUCUUUCAGGUCAAGAACCAUGGGAUUCCGAAGCGAGUGAUUGAAGAUAUGCUCCAAGUUUCAAGGGAUUUCUUUGGCUUACCAGAGUCAGAGAGAAUGAGAUGCUACUCUGAUGAUUUUAUGAAAACUACAAGGCUUUCAACAAGUUUCAAUGUCAAGACUGAGAAGGUUAGCAGCUGGAGGGACUACUUAAGGCUCCAUUGCUAUCCCUUGGAGGAUUUUGUUCAUGAGUGGCCAUCUAACCCUUUCAACUUUAGGGAGGUUGUAAGUGAGUACUGUACCAAGGUUAGGGAACUAGCUUUGAGGAUAAUGGAAGCAAUAUCAGAGAGCUUAGGACUUGAAAGAGAGUACUUAAACAAAGCAUUAGGGAGCCAUGGGCAGCAUAUGGCCAUAAACUACUACCCUCCAUGCCCUCAACCUGAGCUCACCUAUGGAUUGCCAGCCCACAAAGAUCCCAAUGUCAUCACUCUUCUUCUUCAAGAUGGGGUCUCUGGCCUCCAAGUGCUCAGGAACGAUAAGUGGGUCGCGGUGGACCCUGAUCCCAAUGCGUUGGUCAUCAACAUCGGAGAUCAAAUACAGGUACUUAGCAAUGGCCGAUAUAAAAGUGUGCUCCACAGAGCCAUUGUGAACAGCAACAGUCAUAGAAUCUCCAUCCCAACUUUCUACUGCCCGUCUCCAGAUGCUGUGAUCAAACCUCCAUGUUCACUUACUGAUGAUGUGCAUCCUGCAGUUUAUCGAAGCUAUUCCUAUUCUGAGUACUAUGAGGAGUUUUGGAACCGAGGUCUCAACUCUGAGAGCUGCCUCGAUAACUUCAGAAUACUGAAAUAA